CACCGAGCAAUUAACGCAAGUUUGCUAUUCAUUUAUCUGAAGCACUCUUCACCCAGCUACAGAUAAGGAUUGGGACAUUUGGGUCAUUUUAUCUGCCAACUAGGUGCCAGACAGAAGCACAGAAAGGAAGUGCACAAGUGUAACCGGCAGUUCAGCAUCACCACGAUUAGAAAACUGCAUAGAAUUGAGUAGCAAAGCCGUGAUAAACCAGGUUGUCGGAAGGUAUAUCUUCAGGAGGUAUUAGAGACUUCAAACACAUUCGACAGUCAGAAGCGGCCAUGUACGGAUCGGUGUGGGUGGCUUUAGCCGCCCUGUCUGCUCUAGUAGCGGUACGAGCAGAUUCUUGUCAGAACCUGUCUCCGUACUGCGGUGCUAGCCCAGGCUGGCCGUACAAGAGUCUGUGUGACGAGCACGCUUCUGUACGGGACAACUGUCACGAGUGGUGUGGCGUCUGCACUUGCUCGGGAGAGCCGUGUGAUCAUGGCGGCACCAGAGGAGGGAACCCCGCAAACUACGGAGAGCACACCUGUGACUGUAACUGUGUAGGGGACUGGACAGGACCUACAUGUGAAGUGUGCGGCCUACAGUGCGCGAACGGCGGUGUCCUUGAUCCCGUCUCCUGCAGCUGUGAGUGUCCACCUGGAUAUGACGGAAGAAUCUGCACAGAUUCGUGCAAAAACGUGCAGCCGCACUGUGGCGCUUCUCCUGGUUGGCCCACGCUGGACAUGUGUGCCUACGAUUACGUCAUCGACGGGUGUAGGCAGUGGUGUGGCGAGUGCGAUUGUGCCGGGCCGCCAUGUGCAAACGGUGGAAGUCGAGGAGGCGUCCCCUCCAACUAUGGAGAGAACACGUGCAACUGCAACUGUGUGGAACCGUGGACUGGACCAACGUGUGAAGUUUGUACCAUGGACUGUAAGAACGGAGGUGUACUAGACAGUGCCGCGUGUUCCUGUACCUGUGGACCCGGAUGGGACGGACCUACCUGCGAAGAGGAGUGCGGGGAUCAUCACGCGUACUGUGGAGCCAGCCCGGGGUGGCCCAAUGCGGACAGCUGUACCAUCGGCUACGUCAGAGACUACUGUCGGGCAAUGUGUGGCAUGUGCGAGAAAGAACUCUGCACUUUACAAUGUCUACAUGGUGGAACCGUCGACAUGGAUGAGUGCAGCUGCGCAUGCGCGGGAGGUUGGACUGGUCCAACGUGUAAUGAAUGCCCAUUGGUGUGUGAGAACGGGGGAACACUGAACCAGGAAACAUGCAGCUGUCAAUGUGCUCCUGGCUUUGACGGAACUACCUGCUCUGACUCUUGUCAAAACCAGUCACCCCUGUGCGGAGAAAGUCCCGGAUGGCCGACUCUUGACCUUUGCUCUGACAGUGGAGUCCAGAGCAACUGUCACCAGUGGUGUGGACAAUGCUCAUGCACAUCUGUACCCUGUGCUAACGGUGGUAACAGGGGUGGGGUUCCUUCUAACUAUGGAGAACACACCUGUGACUGUAACUGUGUCGGCUAUUGGUCAGGACCAACUUGCGAAGAAUGCACCCUUGAUUGUAAGAACGGUGGAGUUCUUGAUGCCACGUCCUGUAGCUGCACAUGCGCAGAUGGGUGGGAUGGAGAAACUUGUGAAGACCCUUGCGAGAACCAGUCGCCCCUGUGCGGAGAAAGUCCCGGAUGGCCGACCCUUGACCUCUGCUCCAAUAGCGGAGUACAUGACAACUGUCACCAGUGGUGUAGACAAUGCUCCUGUACGUCUGUACCAUGUGCUAACGGAGGCUCUAGAGGCGGGGUUCCUUCAAACUAUGGAGAACACACCUGUGACUGUAACUGUGUCGGCAAGUGGGGAGGGCCAACAUGCGAAGAGUGCACUCUAGAUUGUAAGAAUGGCGGAGUUCUUGACGCCACAUCCUGUAGCUGCACAUGCGCAGAUGGGUGGGAUGGAGAGACUUGUGAAGAACCGUGCCAAAAUAUAUCGCCCCUUUGUGGAGAAAGUCCCGGAUGGCCGACCCUUGACCUUUGUUCCAAUGGCGGAGUCCUGGCCAACUGUCAUCAGUGGUGUGGACAAUGCACCUGUACCUCAGUACCCUGUGCUAACGGUGGUACUAGAGCCGGGGUUCCUUCUAACUAUGGAGAACACACCUGUGACUGUAACUGUGUCGGCUAUUGGUCAGGACCAACUUGCGAAGAAUGUGCUCUUGACUGUAAGAACGGAGGAGUUCUUGACUCCACGUCUUGCACCUGCAGUUGUGCUGCCGGAUGGGAUGGAGAAACUUGUGAAGAUGAGUGUGCUGAUACGCACGAGUAUUGUGGUAAGAGUCCGGGCUGGCCUAACGAAGACUCCUGUAUCCACGACUACGUUAGUCAAAACUGCCGCGCCAUGUGUGGAUUGUGCGCCAAGGAAGAUCAAACAACGACUCCCUUGACAACCACCCAACAACCGACGACCGUUGCGACUACCACCGAACCAACAACUGUUACAAGCACCACCCAGCCAACAACCACCACUGAACCAACAACCGUAGCCACAACGACAACUACCACCCCCAAGCCGCAAACAGUGACCUCUACGACAAAUGGAGUUGGGGAUGUUUUUGUAGACCCGUGCCAAAACCUGUCCCCUCACUGCGGCGCCAGUCCGGGAUGGCCCACGCUGGACAUGUGUGACCAGUACCCGUACGUCCGCGACAACUGUCCGCAGUGGUGCGGCGACUGUCAAUGUUCUGGCCAGGCCUGUUUACAUGGCGGAACCCGUGGUGGAAACCCAGCCAACCAUGGAGAGAAUACAUGUGACUGUAACUGUGUCGGCGACUGGACUGGACCCUUGUGUGAAGUGUGCAGCCUUAUCUGUGUGAAUGGCGCCACGCUGGAUGAAGCUUCCUGUACCUGUCUCUGUGAUGUCGGAUGGGACGGUCCAAACUGCGCAGAUAAAUGUGAGGACCAUCAUGCAUACUGCGGGGUGAGUCCAGGAUGGCCGACUGUGGACUCCUGCGCCACCGACUAUGUCAGGGAAUACUGCCCCGCAUUCUGUGGGACAUGUCAGAAGCCUGAACUUUGCUUCAAAAACUGUGCAAACGGUGGCACCUUUGAUGACGAAACGUGCUCGUGUGCGUGUGCGCGUGGCUGGGACGGAGAGACCUGCGAAGACGUCUGUCAGGACAGCCAUGAGAACUGUGGAGCGAACCCGGGAUGGCCGACUCCUGACCUGUGCGCGGAGGACUACGUCCAUGAGCUGUGUCAUGCGUUCUGUGGGGUCUGUGAGCCUAUGCGGUGCCAACCCGGGAUGGCCAGACGUUUCGGCUUGUAAGGAGCUGUACGUCCAGGACAACUGUCAUCAUUUCUGUGGACUCUGCAGAAAGGUUGGUGACACUUGGGGUCUGGAUACUACUGAAGCGGCCACCACAACCCCGCAGCCCACUACAACGACUACUACAACUCCUGCGCCAACGACUACUACAACCACCACUCCCGAACCCACCACGACUACAACCACCACCCCUCAACCCACUACAACCACGACCACCACCCCUGAGCCUGCUACAACGACUACAACCACUCCUGUGCCUCCAGCACCUGGUGCCUGCUAUCACAUGGGGUUCUUCUUUGAAGACGGAAGCCGCUGGGACGUGUUUGAGGGAGCCUACCGUGUGGAGUACUACUGUACCAACGGGCAGAUAACAUCCACCAACAGGGUGCCGAUAGCACCGGUCAUGUCAACGUCCUGUACAUACAUGGGACAGGACUACUACGACGGAGCAUCAUGGGACCUCAACUUCGACGGCAUCACGAUAUCGUGCCAGUGUGACGAAGGAGCGGUCACCUGUCUCCCUGUCUCAAACCGUAACCGUCCUUGA